AAGUUUGUGUUAUACGGUCAAUGGAUGAAAAAAAAAUCCAAAUUCGCCGAAACAUGAUAAUUGAUCACAUUUCCCCCGUUUAACAGCCAACCUUAUCCCAAAAAUUAUGUCAAAUUGCGAAUGCUCAACACGUAUUAUUCCAGCAGUAUGCGCCUGGUCGAUCUUAUUAGGGACCAGUGGAGCUUUUAUAGCAUUUGUGUUUCCCUACCUGCUGUCAAUCAGCAUUGGACUACCCAUCUAUGUUGGCCUUCUCACUCUUUUUGUGAUCGCAAACUUCGGACUUGCCACUUUCAUGGACCCUGGAAUAUAUCCAAAAGCACAUGAAGAUGAAAUUAAAGACGAUGAUUUCCGGGCGCCACUGUACAAGAAUGUUGAAAUAAAAGGGAUUACAGUUAGAAUGAAAUGGUGCACAACAUGCCAGUUUUAUAGACCACCUAGAUGCUCACACUGUAGUGUUUGUAACACAUGUAUAGAGACAUUUGAUCAUCACUGUCCAUGGGUGAACAAUUGUAUAGGACGAAGAAACUACAGAUUUUUUUUCCUUUUCCUGUUGUCACUAAGCAUCUUAAUGGUUUCCUUGUUUACCUUAAGUCUUCUACAUGUGCUAAAUCAUAAAGACAAUAUGGCUUCUAUAGGAAAUAUUGUUUGUAUAGUUGUAAUGUGUGUAAUAGGACUUUUAAUUAUUCCUGUCGGAGGUCUAACAGGGUUCCAUAUAGUUCUUGUUUCCAGAGGACGUACUACAAAUGAACAGGUCACUGGAAAAUUUAAAGGCGGACAUAACCCAUUUACUAAAGGUUGUUCUAAAAACUGUUCUUAUGUUUUAUUUGGACCCACAUGGCCAAAAUUAAAGUCUUAUGUACGUAAGACGAGAACGAUACAGAUAGAUUCUGCCAAGGUCACUUAUAUAGCAGCCGAUAAAGAGGUGAAAGUAUAUGCUGACACCAGUAGUAACGGCGUAAAAAGAAAUAUGAAAAAUGACCGCGACGGAAUGCGUCUGUCACUUGUCGACGAUUACGACGAUGGUGACUUCACAUCAACUCAGUCCCAGGACAGUGUUAGCUUUGAUAUUGCUUCAUCUAAAGAGAAACAUUCUGCCUCUUACACAAAUCUUUUUGACCCUUCGCAGACAACGCCAGUUGGUGCCACGUAUCAACAAACAAGAGCGAGCAGUAGUAGUCCGCGGGGCACAGGACGGCGAGAUAUACGUUACGAUCACUCUCCAAGACCUAAACAAGUUUCACACCCAUCGCUAAAUAGGUCAGCUAAACCACCUUUAGCAGUGGCAGAAGAUUUUUCACCCACUGAUAGUACAAAACCUCCUAAAGGUAGACCAAAUAUAAACAGUCCCGGGGCUGAUCGUUCUAAUGUAGGUAUAGUAAAGCCCAGAACUGGGCAAACACGACCGUCAUAUGACCUACCUAGAGGUCAUGGUCAAAGGUCACAGAAAGUGAAUGGUUAUCCAAUUAAAAGUUCUAGUGAGGAAAGAUUCAGGGAUUCAGAUAGAAAGCCAGUUGAUACAAAUAUUAAUUUACGUACUAGAUAUAACAGAUAUCCUGAUGAAAGAACACGUAGGUCUAAUGAAUUUUUAGAUCAGAGAGGUGGUGCCCAGAAUUAUCCUCAGCAGGGAACCAGUAGAACGUUACCCAAUCAGAAUAGAUAUGGGAAUAAUGUUUCAACCAAUCAGAAUAGGUAUUCACAUGAUGGUGGAGGUGAUCCAAAUGAUGCUGAUUAUAAAAGACCAAUGUCAUUUGUGAAAGCUCUUGAAAUGAGUGAAAUCAUGCAGACACGUGAUAAAGAUCAAAAAGAUCGCCAACGUCGGGAAGAGAAAAAGAAAAGUGUUUAUGAUUCAGCAUAUGAAAUUUCUGUGUAAAAUUCUCUUUGGAGAUAAAACCUUAGUGUUUCUAUAGAUGUUGUAAAUAUAUAAACUUAUAGUUUUAUAUGUAAGCAUUUGCACAUGUAAUUUUUGGAAACUUGAUUAUAAAUGUAAAAACUGGUUUUUUUCUCUCUCUUUCUAAGUGUUUAGGUCUUUGAUUUUAAAAGCAAGAUUUUCUAUUCUAGUAAAUUUUAAAAGUACUUUGUAAUCACAGUUAAUUUGUUUUAAAUUAGAUAUUUGAGUUGUAUUUAGCAACAACAGGAGCCUUUUGGGCUAGAGAAAAAAAACAUGUAUUGGAUUCUUUCACUUCGCAGUAAAGAUUUUUAUGUAAAACAGUGCAGUGUUUUUCCUGCAAGUGCAAUGGUUAAUCAGCAAGAUUUGCUGUUUUGGGAGACUACCAGUCUGAGUUCAGUAAGUCAGUCCCGAGGAUUGACAAAAGACAGUACAUCUUAAAAUCAGUUCUUCACCUGUGGGAAAGUUGUAAAGUUGCAGAGAACAGAAAAACUGCUGUAGAAAAAUGAUGUUUAUGCCACACCAAACAAAUAAAAAACUAAAUAGUUUUGGACAUUUGAAUUUGAUUACAACCAAAUAAGUUAGUUAAAUGAAUUUUACAUUCUGUUUCAUAGGCUUUCAUGUCUUACAAAAAGACAAAACAAAAAAAACCAACCCGCAUAGAUGCUUUAUUGCUUGCAUGGUAGGUGGGAGAGAUUGUAGGGGUAGAGUUGAUUAGCAUUCCAUGUCAGUUGAUUGUCAGAAUUGUUCUCUGUGUCAGCCGAUUGUUAGAAUUUUUCCUGUACAUGUCAGCUGAUUGUCAGAAUUUUUCUCUGCAUGUCAGCUGAUUGUCAGAAUUUUCCUGUACAUGUCAGUUGAUUGGCAGAAUUUUUCUUUGUGUCAGGUGAUUGUUAGAAUUUUCCUGUACAUGUCAGCUGAUUGUCAGAAUUUUCCUUUACAUAUCAGCUGAUUGUUAGAAUUUUCCUGUACAUGUCAGCUGAUUGUAAGAAUCUUUCUAUAUAUGUCAGUGGAUUGUCAGAAUUUUCCUGUACAUAGGGCUGUCAACUCCAUUUGCGAGAAUUGGAUCCAUGAUCUUACAUGGGGGAAAUAAAGUUGUUUACUUGAAAAGGGUACUGCUGAACCAAACUGGUAAAAUAAAAAAGAUAAUAUUACAGUAUAGAGUACCUUAUAGUGUCUUCUGUUGUACAUGUAUUCAGCAUGUACUUUCUAAUUUUGCAAAGUCUUCCUUAAUACUGAGCCAAAUAGAAACUCAUCUUUACACCAGAUAGUAAUGUUAGGUAUUUUUCAAGUGAAUGUAUACUGCAUAUCUGUACCUAACAGAUUUAAACAAAGACAUUUACCUAACUACAGUUUUACACUUCCUGUUUCUUAAUUUGGGUAUCCAGAUAUUUGUCUGUUGAAAUAACAUACAAUUUUGGACAUGAUACUGACAAUAUUUCUUUCACUGUUGUAUUUUGCAAUUUUUUCCAAGUGUUCAAGUGUUUACUGUGCAAAUUUGUAGGACAGUUCACACCUUAUCGUUACUUAAAACUGGAUAUUUUUCUUUGAAAUUGAGGCAGGGUUGGUGGUUUGGGGUGGGAGGGGGGAACAUGCCUGUAAUGUUGUACAUUUGAAAUUUGGUCAGUAUUGGUCUUGUGUGAAUUUAGAAAAAGAAAAUUGUUACUUUGGACUUGAGGGGAGGUUGUGGGGAUUUAAGCACUGGUUUAUGGGGAAAAUACAGUUGAAACUCAAUAUCUCGAACUCUCUUAUCUCAGAAUUCCUGCUGUCUCGAAGACAUUUUCAAAUCCAGUCCAGAAAACACGUGCACAAAAUAUCUUUUUAAGUUGAAUUGCGGUUACUUGAAGUAAACCACUCGAUCCCUUGGAAUUUGAGAUGGCUAGUUUCAACUUUACUUAGCUUUUAAGGGAGAAUGUGGCCAAAAUCCCUUUAAAUGGGUGAUUGACAGCCCAUGUACAUGUCAGUUGAUUGUCAGAAUUUCUGUGUAUAGCUGUAGUUUAUUUCUUUCAGGGAUUCUUUAUGCCAUUUUAAAUCUUUUUAAGUUAUUUAAAUAUGUCAUAAUUUUGAUUUUUUCUUACAAUUCUAGGAAUUAUCCCCAUUUUAUCAUUCUGUUGAUUUAUUUGUUAAUUUAGUUAAUAAGCCCAUAAUAUGACCUGGCAAUUUUUAACAUUUCCAUUCCACUUUUAAUAUUUUGGCUCAGUACACAUUGUGCGAACAGUACUCUCUGUUACGAAAAUAGAAUUAUGCCUGGCUCUUUAAACUAAAAUUCUUGGAUUAUAUUUUGCAAAUUUGACUGCUUUAUAGGUCUCCGUUGCAGUACAUAAGUAUAAUAUUGGUAUUGGUCGUCAUGAAUUGGACUGUCAGAUUAACCGUUAAAUUUUCUGUGAUUUUGAGUUUUUGAAAGUUCGUAUGUUUUUAUAGUAAAAUUUUUCUAUUGAACAAUUAUUUAUAUUGAAUGUUUCAGGUAAUUUCAAAUUCAUAAUUCUGUAGUUUGGAACAUAAUGAACAAAUCAUGACAGUAAUAACCUUAAUUUGGAGAGCUUAGUAUUUUAUGGCACAUAUGACCGUCUAACAAUUAAAAAAAAUAAACACCAAUUGACAAGUUUUAGGAAUUCUUUGAAGUGAGUUUAUUUACCUGAUAAUGUCCAUAACCUAGUGUCAUGAAUACAGAAAGUGUAAUGUUAUACUGUAGUUUUUUUUUAAGAUUUGUUGGAGAAAAUGAAUAUUCUAUUUCAAUGUUAUAAAUUAAGAAGAUUUAAUAUUGUUAAUAUUUGAGCCGUGCCAUGGGAAAAUCAACAUAGUGGCUUUGCGACCAGCAUGGAUCCAGAUCAGCCUGCGCCUCCGCGCAGUCUGGUCAGGAUCCAUGCUGUUCGCUAACAGUUUCUCUAAUUGCAGUAGGCUUUAAAAGCGAACAGCAUGGAUCCUGGCCAGACUGCGCGGAUGCGCAGGCUGGUUUGGAUCCAUGCUGGUCGCAAACCCACUAUGUUGGUUUUCUCAUGGCGCGGCUCAUUUACUGAUAUGGCAUUCAGACUGACUUUAAACUCUUCAGGUUCCCAGACAGUUUUUACCUUUGUAUAUAAAAAAACUUCUAUGUGUAAAAAAUACAUAGUAGGCAGGUUUACUACAACCAGCAUUUCUUCUUAAAGUUGCAUAAUUCUCAAGCUUACCAUGUGACAUUUUCCUAGCAAUGCAUCUGUUUUUGAUGUAUUAUCUGACAUUUUCCUAGCAAUUCAACCAUUUGAGAUUUUCCUAGCAAGUCAGCUACUUGUCAUGUGACAUUUUCCUAGCAAUUUAACUGUUUUAGACUUGACAUUUGACAUUUUCCAAGCAACUUAACUGUUUUAGACUUAUUAUGCGACAUGCUGCUAGCAACUGUACUGUUUUAGAUUUAUCAUGUGACACUUUCCUAGCAACUCAUCCGUUUUAGACUUAUAAUGUGACACUUUCCUAGCAGCUCAACUGUUUUGGAUUUGUCAUAUGAUAUUUUCCUAGCAACUGAACUGUUUUAGACUUAUCUUGUGACAUUUUCUUAGCCACACAACUGUUUCAGACUUGUCAUGUGGCAUUUUCCUAGCAACUGAACUGUUUUAGACUUAUCUUGUGACAUUUUCUUAGCCACACAACUGUUUCGGACUUGUCAUGUGGCAUUUUCCUAGCAACUGAACUGUUUUAGACUUAUCUUGUGACAUUUUCUUAGCCACACAACUGUUUCGGACAUGCCAUGUGGCAUUUUCCUAGCAACUGAACUGUUUUAGACUUAUCUUGUGACAUUUUCUUAGCCACACAACUGUUUCGGACUUGUCAUGUGGCAUUUUCCUAGCAACUGAACUGUUUCAGACGUAUCAUGUGACACUUCCCUAGCAACAUAGCUGUGUUAGACUUAUCGACUGUUUUAGACAUUUCAUGUCAUAUAAAUUUUCUCAGCAAAGCACUGCCACUUGUCUGCUUAAAAUUCAACAACAGAGAACUUUAUUCAAGAAGCAAUUAUUUUCGUUUUAGAUAGUUAAAACAUGAAAGAUAUGUGUGUGUAGUUGAUUGUGAAAGAAUAUUGUAUAAAUGCAAGUUUUGAUAUGGAGAAUUGAGCUUGCAUUUUACUUGUCACUAUAAAUUUUUUACUCACAGGAUAUUGUUAGAAUAUGAUUUUAGCUUUGGAAUAACUUUUCGCACAAUAAUAAUUAUGUCAGAAUGUUAUUAAAUGGAAAGAUAUAAUUAUAUGCAAUGACUGUCAGAUGUUAAUUUGUGCUCAUAAUCUUUACCUUUGUCUAUGAAAUCCAUGUUAGUUCGUCUGAAAGGGUGUAAAUGACUUUUCUCACAUUGGUCGAUCAGUUUGCUGGUUGGUUGGUAGACCAUUUGGUUUUCUGUCAAUAACUAGAGAACGAUUGGUCCUACAGUGGUAAAACUUAUAAGGGUGAUUGACUGAAAAGGGUUAUCUUGAACCAUUUGUUAUUUUAAAUGAUUUGCAAUGCAUCAGUUUUACUAAGCAUGUAUAUUGGAAAACAGUUGCCUUAAAUUAUACAUAUUCAAGUCUGCUGAAUGAAAAUAUAUUCAAAACUCAUAGGCAACACAUAGGGUGAUUAUUAUGGUUUAAAGCUUACCAUGCUGGACACGAUAGAUUCUGCCUUUGCAACCAGUGUAGAUAAUGGUCAGCCUGCACAUCCGUGCAGUCUGAUCAUGAUUUGCACUGUUCACUAUUCAGUCAGUAUUUUUUUGGUAAGCACCCCUUUUAACAGUUAAUGUUACUGUCCAGAUCGGAAGAUGGACAAGUUCAUUAUAGAAAUUUAGCAUGGUAAGGGUUAAAGCAAAUGAGCAUUCCGAAUGUACCCGUAUUUAUUAAAAGUUAUUUUUUCAGAGAUUUUGAUUGAAUCGAACAAAAUGCGAGAGAUUUCCAGUUCAUACAUUUCCACGCAUAAAUUUAAAGAGCAUUUGUUUCAUAUUUCAUAUUUAUAAGAGUUGCAUGUAAGAAAGCUUCACAGAUUUUGCUUAGAUCUCACUUCAUUCAGCAUUGUUUUGUGAUAAAAGAAAUUAAUUCGCGUUUUUCCUUAGAUGUUGCUGUAUGUGUAUAGGACACUGCAGGCCAUCCUUUUGUCUAAAAUGAUAUAAACAUUGAAUAUAUAUUUAGGAUGCUGCUAAAAUUUUAGUCAAUAAAAAUACAAAAUUAUUAAAGUUUGUAUUGCACUUGGUUGAAAUCUGUUUCUGUGUGUGUAUGUAUAUAAUAAAGGGUUAUAACGCACCACCCACCUUUAAAGAAGAGGGGAUAUAUUGUUUUGCUCAUUGCCAGUCUGUCUAAUCAGUGGACCAUUUGGUUUUCAGUCAAUAACAAGAGAAUGCUUGGUUUCACAUUGGUCAAACUUCAUAGGAUGAUGCCUUUGGUCAGUAGAUAGCCCCUGUUGUUUUGGGGAUCAGCAAGCCAAAGGUCAAGCCCAAGGUUAUAGUAAUCUUGUGACUGUAAAAGGUUACUGCUUUAAAACUGAAAAAUCGCUUUGGGCGACAGUUGGUAAACAUCAUAGGAAGAUUGAUUAUUGGUUUUGAGUUUGGUAAGUCAAAGGUCAAGGUCACAGUGACCUUGAAACUGAUAAAUGGUUUAAGAUGAAUAACUUCAAAACCCUUAACCUACAGCAAAAGGGGUAUAUUACAUAAAGGUUUUGGGUGGUGUAGGGUAAACUUACAGAAAGGGGUAACUAUACACCAAACCACCCAUAACCUUUAUAUGAUGUACCCCUUUGGCCUGCAGUCUUCAAAACUGUGUAUGAUAAUUGCCUGCAGUCUGUAGAGGACCUGUAUUUUUUUAGGAGUAGAUAGGUCAAAGUCACAAUUUCUGCUGAAUUAUCAAAGAUUACGUUGACUGUCAAUUUUUGUAAGAUGGCUGUCUGCAGUCAAUAGAUGACCUUUGUUGUUUUCAAAGUCAUUUGGUUAAAUAUCAAGUUAACAGCAUACAAAAUUUCAUACCCAGUUGCCUCCAACAGGCCAUCAUAGGGGGCAUGUGUGUUUUACACACAUCUCUUGUUACAACAGUAUCUUUAUCUGGGAUGUAUUCAGCUCUUGUGUGUUUUUCAAGGGGAAUCACACACGAAACUUGUGCACUGCAUGUGAUCCAGGCCAGGCAAGCUGUAUACCACAUCCCAGAUCAAGCUAUUGUUAUUAUAACCCUAGUAUACUUACUUGUUGGUACAAUUUGAUUAAGACAUCAAACACAAGGUGCCAAAAAAAUUCUGUAUUUUCAUUUGGUAACUAGCACUAAAUUUAUGAGAUUUUGUAUUGAUUCUAAUUCUAUGCGCAAUUUUUGUUAUACCAUGGUUUUAACUGUUUCAUUUUUAGUGAACUAUUAUUAUUUUGUAUUAAGUUUAAGUUAAAUUAAACAUGUAAAUCACUUAAUUAUGUAUUUCACACUUAAUUAUGUAUCGCACUAGACUCCCAAGUCACAUGACUUCUGUUACCCUUACACUCUUAAGACACAAUUAUCUCCUUCACCAGUACACUACAAGUCACCUUAUUUUCUUCACCCUUUUUCAAGUCAAUUUCCUCACACUUAGUCACAUUAUUUCCUGCUUUCUUUCAUCAGUAGUGGCCUUAAGUUUGAUGUGGGUGCCAUGAUGGUACUUCAAGUUCUCGACCAUACUUCUUCCUAGGACGUAAUUCUUUAAAAUUGAACUAUAAUGAUUUAAGAUGUGUUGUAAAUUCACUUGUACCCGUAUGGUGAUAUUUUUGCAUCUGAAGGUAGGGGAAGAAUAUUUACACUGCAAACUGUGGUGUAACACCGAUGAUCACUCAGUCACAAGGUUUUAAGCAAAAUGCUGGUGUUAUAUGGGGUUUAAAGUGACCCAAAUAUAGAAAAUAUUAAGAAAUUAAAGUGCUUGUGACCUCAUAAACGGCUCAACUCAGCUAUGGAGCUCGGGUUAACAAACCUUGAACCUGUGGUAUUUCACUGUAGUUUUCAUUCUUGAUUAUUGGCACUUGAACUAGGUCUGAUUGCGAGAAGUAGACAAAUAUUGCACAUGCUUUGCCCAUCUGAGAAGUCUUUAGGUACAAAUGUCUCUAUAGUGUAGAUAAAACCUUCAUGUAAUUGUUCAUAUGAAUAGGUCAAGAUGCAUCUAUUACUUCAGACAGCGAUAACACAAGUCAUGUAGGAACUAACAUUUCAAGAAUUUGGCUUUUCCACCAUACAUUACACUUUCCCCUAUAUUUGGUCCAUUCACUGGUGCAAUUUACUCUAUUACAUUCACUCCUAACUAGAGUCAUGUGUGUUUUCUUCCAAAAACUUCUACCUUCUUUACUGUCUGGGGUUAGGUGUGAAAGGCUACAUUGUGGUUCAGAUCAUUUUAAACAUGUCAUCAUCAAGUUUUAGUCAUUUUGGCUCGCCCAAAUAAUUAUUAGGUUAACCUUUAACCUGCUGCCAGCAAGUGAUUCUGCCUUUGCGACCAGAACAGACCAAGAUCAGCCUGUACAUCCAUGCAGGCUGAUCAUGGUCUGCACUGUUCGCUGUUCAGUCAGUAAAUUUUCAGUGAACGCCCCUUCGAAUAAAUGAUACUGCCCAAAUUGAAUGAUAGAUCAGUCCAUUUUAGAAAUUUAGCAGGGUUAAGAUUAAAGCAAGUCUUUUUAGUCACUGUAAGAUGUAAAAUAUUGACACUUUUAACAAGAUAUGGAAGAUAUUUAUUUAGUUAAAUUCUUUUACUUGUACAAAUUUUACUUAUGAUUUUUUUUUUUGAAAUUGCACUUUUAUGAUUUCUUGUUCAAUCUGUUAAAACUAUUUUCAUCAUUCCAUAUAUUAUUGGCAUAAAGUUACCAAGAACAAGGAUUUGAUGCUUAAUUUAUAAUAUUCUAGUGCAAGUUGUAAUUGUUUUGAAAGGUUUUGUUGGUGAUAUACAUACAGAUUUGUUUGUCAUUGUAUGUAAAGCAAGACCCCCUGCACUUAAAGGCCAUGUAUUCAAGAACAACAGAAACCUUGUCCAUGUGAAGUGUCUAUUUUAACCAAGCUUAUAGGAUGUUUUAUUGUGUAUUCUAGCAUUAAACUGCUGAUAUAUCAUUUCCAAGGAUUAUUUUAACACUUGUAAACAAGGAUUGCACUAAGUCUUACUAUUAAAGAGAAUUCCUAUAGAUUUUUUUCUUUCAUAGAAUUUUUUUAAAUUCACAUAUAUGAUAGGAAAAUUUGUGCUGAAAACAAUGAACAAAUAAAAACAAUAGGUCACCAGGCUUGUUUUUGUGAAAAAUUGUUUUGAACACACCCACUGUUACUGAAACUGCUAGCGAUUUUUCAACAUUUUCAUAAUUUUCUGCUUUUUUUAUAAAUAACAACCAAAAUAUACAUCAAGACAGCACAAUAAAGUUUUUUCUUUUUACAGAUUUUAUCAUAUACUUAUUUGAUAUCAUAGUCAUAUUUGUAAUACUCUAUCCUUACAAUAAUGGGUACAAAUGAAAAAAAAAUGUUGUUUCAUAUUUACUUUUGUGAACUUUUUUCAGUGAAAAAUACCCAUAGUGAAGAAUAUUUUUUUAAAUUUUGAAAAAAUUCUUUCAUAGAAUUUUUUCCUAUUUUUCUUGUGUAUAGAUAAUUGUAUUGUGAGCAUAAAAAUGGCUAAAAAUGUAUGGGUCACCAGGCUAAAUUUUAUGUUAAGACCGCUAGAAUACAACACCUGUUCGGAUGGAAAAUGGCGCGAACCUGGCCAAAUUGAUUACAUGUAUGUCUGCUAGAAGUUAAAAAUAAGUUUUAAAAAUUCUUAAUUCUUUCUAUAAUUGAAUACUAAAUAAUCUGAAAGGUGAUAUUGUCUUAUCAGUACUAAGUCAAUUAUCUUACAUUAUAUGAACAACACUGUCUUUGUACCAGAAUGCGAUUUGAAAACACAACCACAAAAAUAGCAAGAUACGUGUCAGGCUUAAUACUUGUCAAUACAACAUAAACCAGUAUCAACAUUUGAUUACUGAUAAAACUUAUCAAAAAUGUUAUUUCAUUCAACAUUCCUCAUAUUUAAGACUGUCUGUAACAUGUUUCAACAAAUGUUGACUUCAGUUCAGUUUUCUAUAGAAAGUGUCGGCUGCGCAGAAAGAUGCGCAUAAAAAACUAUCGGAAUUCCCUUUAACAUACCUUUUUAAACUUAAAAUAGUCAUAUAAUGCAGAAUUAAAACAGGUCCAAAAAGAAAUUUAUGCUUACAGCUAAAUAUUAAUUUAUUAUAGCUUUUACACAAUUUUUACUAGCGUAGUAUUAAGCCAGACAUCCUCGAUUACCAAGUAAUCUUAUGGGAUUUUGUAGAUUUUUUUUUUUUAACAACAUGAUAUGACAUGCAUUUUCCCCCAAGUUGAACUCAAUUAUGGUUUAGAUGGAUGGAUGGAUGGAAUUUUAGAUUAUAUUUAAUUUUGUCUUAUAUAUAUUUAGACAGUUUUGUAAAAGAUGGAUUGAAUGGCAAAAUUGUUUCUGUAUUGAAUGAAAUCAGUGUAAAUUUGAAGUGUGUAGUGUUAAGGUAGUGGACCCGAAAUGGUGCUUGGCAAUUUCCGUGCGAUUACGUAAUCGUUUUAUACUAUUUCUACAGAGAAUACGUAUUCAGACUGAAAUUGCCAACUAACUAAACAGGUCCACUACCUUAAGAGCAACCGUAAAAUGACAAGGGCGCCAUUUUUUGUAAUUAAUGUGGAUUAAAUCGUAUAUAUAGCAUAACAUAUUUAAAGUUGAUAAAUCUUGUUGAUAAAAAUGGUUUUCUGUAAGAUUGUAGGAGACAGACAUCUAUAGGUGAUAUAUAUAUAAGCAUUUGAUUAAAUUUAUGUUUGUUUGUGAAUGAUUUCCUAUACCUCAGUAUGUUUUAAGAUGCAUUUUAUGUUUGCAAGAUUGAUUUGUAAACAGGGUUUGUUAAGUAUGUAUUAUCUAUUAUCUUUCUCAAGUUAAAUCCACGACUUCACUGGUAAGCAUCAGUGUGAACUAAUCGUUUUGCUCAUCAUCUUGUUGCUACUAGGAACAGUCAUAAACACAUUCUGUUAUAGACAUAUCAUAUAACAGACACCACCACAGUAUUGUAACAAAGUACGUUCUUAAAAAUGAGCACUGCUAUUUUGUAUGUAUUGCAUUUAAUAUUAUAUAAACUAUGUUUAUUUGCCAAAUAAAGAAAAUAUAUCGAGCAUAAUGUAGUAAAAUGUAGGAUGACAGGUAGUCAUAAUUUAUUUGGACAUUUCAGUUUGUUUGUAUUUUCUAUUUUGGGAAACGGGUGCAAGGCUAGAUGGGAGGGGAAAUUCACAUUGUAACAACUAAAGGGGGAAAUCGCACCAAUAUAAAAGUUGUAUUUUUCAUAAAUACAUUACACUCGCAAAAAGAAAUUUUAAAAGCUUAUUGUCUUAUAUUUUAAAUUACAGUCAAACCUCAUUUUAUACAGCCAUCCAAAUCUGACAAGUUAAGGCAGGUGGCUGUUUAAGACAAGUUGAAAUCAGAACAAAAUGUUAAUUUGUUAGUUAACUGGCUGGGUGCUUAAAGGCAAGUAGCUACUUAAUACAGGUGUCUGUUAAGGCAGGCUUAACUGUAAGUGUUAAAGAGAUUAUGUAAAAAAAAUCACUGCAUGUAUUAAAGUACAGUGACAUAAUAUAAGUCUGGUUCAUGUACUAAUCUAUUCAUGACAAAAAUUAAAGGUACAAGCCUCUGGGUUUUAGUUUUUUCCCAAAUUUUUUAAGUCCAUUAUUUGUUAGUAGCUGUAUCCCUUGUAGUUCUGGGACAACUUAUGUGUGAAAAGAAAGAAAACCACUCACUUAAACUUGCAUGAUCUUAACCCUCAUCAUGCUGGACACAAUUGAUUCUGCUUUUGUGACCAGUGUAGAACUCGAUCAGCCUGCCCAUCCAUGCAGUCUGAUCAAGUUCUGCACUGUUCACUAUUCAGCUAGUAUCUUUUUGGUAAGCACCCCUUUUAACAGUUAAUGGUACUGUCCAAAUUCAAAGAUGGACAGGUUCGUUAUAGAAAUUUAGCAUGGCAAGGCAAUUAAUAGGGUCUGAACACAUUGAUUUUGUUGUAUCUUUGAAUUAAGGGAAUAACAUAAUUUGUUUUAGAAUAUAUAUUUUUAGCCAACUUGCUAUUAUGAUACGAGGAGAGAUAAUGAAAUUGAAGUAUCAGUGCUAUAUCUGAUAUGAAUUAAUGUAUUUUUGUAAAAUUAAAUGUUUUCAUGAUCAUGUGUACUAUUUUGUUUUAAUGUAGCUUUGUACUCUCUGUAAAUAAUUGUAUUAGUUUAUUAUUUUAAAACUGUUGUAUUCUUAAUGUACUGUUUUAAAUGUAUUUUUUAAUUAAAAAUGAAAAAAAAUGUGAUAAAAGAAGUAAAGUAACUUAUGAAAUUGAA